AUAACGAAAAUACGCACAUGUUUCCGUGUUUUCUGAAUAUUAUCAAUUAAAAUCAACAAUGGCUCAAGAUCCACUCGACGAGAUGCUGGAAUUCCUCAAGCCGGAGUCUCGUGUGGACUUGAAACACAUAUCUUUGGACCAUUUACUCGGUUUAUCGGGCUCAGAAGACGGCAUACAAACUCUGUUGAGAAACGAUCAAAUUAUCCAAUCUAUUAUUGAAUUAACAGAUGAUAAAGUUGAGGCGAUCGCUAAGAGUGCUCUUUUGAUCAUUGUGAACAUCACUGCAACUGCUAAAGGUGCAACAGAGGUGCUAAAACACAAACCAUGUAACCACAAAAACAUAAUCGAACUGCUCAUAGGUUAUGUCUUAAACCCUCAGAAAAGAGACGUAGAUGCCGCCUGCAUGAUUUUAUCAAACAUUACAAGGCUCGAAGACGAACUUGAAGUAUGUAUCGACACAUUUAUACCACAUUUGAAUAAUAUUUUGAAUGCUUUUGUCAAUGUAGAUUUCAACAAAAGAGGUUCUGAUUUAGAGUACCUAGCGCCUAUGUUUAGCAACCUGAGUUGUAACCACAGGGUAAGGAAAUGGUUAACGGAAGAGAACCCACAUGUCCCGUUAAUCAAGUUACUCCCGUUCUGCAACUAUGAGCUGUCAAAUAUACGUAGAGGAGGGUCUGUUGGAACAGUAAGAAAUCUAGCUUUUGAUUUAGAUCUGCAUGACUUCUUACUCAACCCGAAUUUAGACUUACUAUCGUACCUUCUGAACCCGUUAAUGGGUAACGAAGAAUACCCAGAUGAAGAGAUGGAUUCGUUACCAAUAGCGUUACAAUAUUUACCUAAAGAAAAGAAACGGGAUAAUGAUCCAGAUAUAAGGAAGAUGAUCAUUGAGACGUUAAACAAAUUUUGUUCGAAGAGGCAUUGUAGAGCGAUAUUAAGAGACAAUGGAGUUUAUUAUGUACUACGGGAAUACCACAAAUGGGAGAAGGACCCGAAAGCACUAUUGGCUUGUGAAAACGUAGUCGACAUUCUAAUACAAAAAGAAUGUGAAGUCGGGGCUGAAGACUUGUCGCAAGUGGAUGUACCAGAAGACAUGAAAGAAAAGUUUGCAAAAAUGGACGAAGAUUAUCUUAAAACUGUAGAAUCGUAGAUUGUUGUGUAGAUAUUGAUGACAAAACAUAUUUAUACAUUGUUGGAACAUGGUUAUUAUCAUCUUUAAUACCACAUAAUACAAUACAAGUAUACUGUAUUGCACCAAAAUAAAAAGAAAUAAUGAUGGUGAGUUUCAUCAUCAUUAAUCCCCACUCUUGUUGGUGUAGCAUUCUCCAUGCUACUUUUUUAGGGAAAAAUAGGGUAGUGGUUUCCCUUUUGCUUCCGCCCCAAGGGCUCUGUCUGACGCGAGUGGCAGCGCCCAGAGUAGUCUAUUUCAAAGCCGUACUAGGACUCGUGUCCUCUGCCUCUGAAUAGUACUGACAGUUACUGCUGCCCUCUGUCAGGUUCCAGGUUACAGUCCCUGUGACUUGCCCUACCGUCUUGCACUGCCGUGCCUAUGGCUCCCAUCUCCGCCACUCCGCCUCUGCAACCGUUAAGGUCUUCGCCCGUAUCCCUGGGCAAGGAUCCUAAGGGUUGGUGGUGAGUUUAUGUGUGUGAUAUCAGGUGUUAGUGACAUCGUAACGAAUACUGUCUGGGAUGAUUCAGAGUUAUAAUCAAGUUGAAUUUUCCGUCGCAAAAUUCACGUUUUUUGUUUGUAUGUAUAUAGGUACCAUAGUAAACUUUUAUUGUAAAUAGCUUUGCUAUGUACAUGUCACUGUGAAUAGGUUUUAUAAAUGUGUAGAAAUACUAAGCAAGUAUGAGAAUUGACUGUUGCUAUUUCUAAAUGAAAAAAAUAUAUAAUUGAAAUAUAAAAAGUUGUAUAAUA